AUGCGCACUACUUGUCCUCCCAGGACUUUUUCCCGCCCUUCACGGGCCUCCGGAGUAGGGUGGGAGUUCACGCCCCUCUCUCGGGGUACCUCCCAGGGGAUGCGGGGACAAGUAGGUGGCAGAUGUCCUUAAGGUCCUGAAUCUUAAGAGGCAAAGGACAUACUUUGCUGAGAGCUAGGAGGUGGGAAUAAGUUGUUCAGAAGGGGUCAGGGGUGAAAGGUCAUAGGGUUGCGAAGGGGCGGAGCGAGCCAAAGGCGGAUGGCGGCUGCGGCGGUUCAUCAUCUUUGGCGGCUUCAGUGCUGAAGUGGGGACGUGGGUCGGGAGCGUUCGGCGGUGGGCGUAGAGCGGCUGCCACUCCCAACAUGCACAGUCUGGCGACGGCUGCGCCUGUGCCUACUGCACUGGCUCAAGUAGAUAGAGAAAAAAUCUAUCAGUGGAUCAAUGAGCUGUCCAGUCCUGAGACAAGGGAAAAUGCUUUGCUGGAGCUAAGUAAGAAGCGAGAAUCUGUUCCUGACCUUGCACCCAUGCUGUGGCAUUCGUUUGGUACUAUUGCAGCACUUUUACAGGAAAUCGUAAAUAUUUAUCCAUCUAUCAACCCACCCACCUUAACAGCACACCAAUCUAACAGAGUUUGCAAUGCUCUGGCAUUACUGCAGUGUGUGGCAUCACACCCAGAAACCAGGUCAGCAUUUCUUGCAGCACACAUUCCACUUUUUUUGUACCCCUUUUUACACACUGUCAGCAAAACGCGUCCCUUUGAAUAUCUUCGGCUAACCAGUCUUGGAGUUAUUGGGGCUCUGGUGAAAACAGACGAGCAGGAAGUAAUCAAUUUUUUAUUGACAACAGAAAUUAUCCCUUUGUGUUUGCGCAUUAUGGAAUCUGGAAGUGAACUUUCUAAAACAGUUGCCACAUUCAUCCUUCAGAAGAUCCUCUUAGAUGACACCGGUUUAGCUUAUAUAUGUCAGACAUAUGAGCGUUUCUCCCAUGUUGCCAUGAUCUUGGGUAAGAUGGUCCUGCAGCUAUCCAAAGAACCUUCCGCCCGUCUGCUGAAGCAUGUAGUAAGAUGUUACCUUCGACUCUCAGAUAAUCCCAGGGCACGUGAAGCACUCAGGCAGUGCCUCCCUGACCAACUGAAGGACACAACCUUUGCCCAGGUGCUAAAAGAUGACACCACCACGAAACGCUGGCUUGCACAGCUGGUGAAGAACCUGCAAGAAGGCCAGGUCACCGAUCCCCGGGGUAUCCCCCUCCCCCCUCAGUAAUCCUCUCCUGUCCCCUCCCACUACUCCCACAAGUUGGGAAGGGAGGGAGAACCUUCGAAGAAAACAGCUCAGGUUUUAUUGCCGACUGGGAAUAGACAACCUCAAUGCUGAACUGCACUGGAGAAAAAGGGCAAGGUACUCCAGCUGAGGUGUAUGAGCUGCCAUCUCAGGCUGCUUUGACGACAUGGGCUUCCUCUGCUACUCCCAGAAAAUGGGCUCCUGACAGCAGUCUGCCACCACAGCCCCAGGAGGGAGUCAACACCAGCAAAUGCUGUAUUUGCAGCAUGCCCAAGAUCCUUCUCCCCCACCUCUACCUAGCCACUGGCAGGGAGAGGAGAUGAUGGUGAUAGCAGCGGCACUCUAGGCAUGGGAACGCCUGGGACCAAGCCAUGUGGUGUUUGUUUUUUGUUUCAUUUUUUCAUUUUGCCUUCCUGGAAGACUCAAGAUGUGUCUCUUCAUUCCCUCUCUCAGUAUUUGUUUACUUUGGUAUUUGUUUUUUUGUUUGUUUAAAUCUCAGAGAGAGAGAGGUGUGUUUAGUGGACACAAGCUGUAAUAUUCAGCAAAACUUUGUCAAUUGGCAGUGUUUACAAUCUGUUAGCUGCAUAAGCUCAAUAAAAAGU